GUCCCGGGUCCAGAUGCUCACACCUGGCGCAGGUCUGGCCUGAGCGGACUACUGCGCAGCUGGCAUCAGAGGGGCAGCAGGAGGGGGAAACAAACACUUCCUGGGAGGCUGGGAGUGCGGAUUCACGAUUAGAAGUGCGGAUUCGGUAGCCCUGGGAGGCUGGAGCCAGGCCGCGAGGUGAGCAUGCUCUGCGCAAAGCCAGAAGCACUGGUGCUCCUGGGAGCUCUGCUGAUUGUACGUCUGGAUCCAGCGGGCGGCAGAGAUGUAUUCUCACUGUCCUGGGAAGUGCAGCGUUAUGACGGCUGGUUCAACAACCUGAGGCACCACGAACGUGGCGCUGCCGGCGUCCGGUUGCAGCGCCUCGUACCAGCAAGUUACGCUGACGGCGUUUAUCAGGCUCUGGGAGAGUCGCUGCUGCCCAACCCGCGCCGACUCAGCGAUGCCGCCAUGCGGGGCAGAGCCGGGCAGGCAUCCCGCCGGAACCGCACAGUGCUGGGGGUCUUCUUUGGCUACCACGUGCUCUCGGACCUGGUGAGCGUGGAGAGACCCGGCUGCCCACCCGAGUUCCUCAACAUCCCCAUCCCGCCCGGAGACCCUGUGUUCGACCCUGACCAGCGCGGGGACGUGGUGCUGCCCUUCCAGAGGAGCCGCUGGGACCCUAAGACUGGACAGAGCCCCAGCAACCCCCGGGACCUGACCAACGAGGUGACGGGCUGGCUGGACGGCAGCGCCAUCUAUGGCUCCUCACACUCCUGGAGCGACGCGCUGCGGAGCUUCUCCGGGGGACAGCUGGCGUCGGGGCCCGACCCCGCCUUCCCCCGGGAUGCACAGGACCCUCUGCUCAUGUGGACCGCGCCCGACCCCGCCACCGGACAGCGCGGGCCUCAGGGGCUGUACGCCUUCGGGGCAGAGCGAGGGAACCGCGAGCCUUUCCUGCAGGCGCUGGGCCUGCUCUGGUUCCGCUACCACAACCUGUGCGCACAGAGGCUGGCCCUCCAGCACCCGCACUGGGGGGACGAGGAGCUGUUCCAGCACGCGCGCAAGAGGGUCAUCGCCACCUACCAGAACAUUGUCCUGUACGAGUGGCUGCCCAGCUUCCUGCAGAAAACACCCCCAGAAUAUAAAGGGUACCGCUCUUUCCUGGAUCCCAGCAUCUCUCCAGAGUUCCUGGUGGCAUCUGAGCAGUUCUUCUCCACCAUGGUGCCUCCUGGUGUCUACAUGAGAAAUGCCAGCUGUCAUUUCCAGGUGGUCCUGAAUAAGGAUUCCAGCAGCUCCCCAGCUCUAAGAGUCUGCAACAGCUACUGGAUUCGGGAGAACCCCAAUCUGAACAGUGCCCAGGCGGUGAAUCAUCUGCUGCUAGGAAUGGCCUCCCAGAUUGCAGAGCUGGAGGACAGGAUAGUGGUUGAAGAUCUGAGGGAUUACUGGCCUGGCCCCGGCAAGUUCCCCCGCACAGACUAUGUGGCCAGCAGCAUCCAACGUGGCCGAGACAUGGGGCUGCCUAGUUAUAGCCAAGUCCUGCUGGCUUUAGGGUUCGAGACCCCAAGGAACUGGAGUCACAUCAACCCCAGUGUGGACCCCCAGGUGCUGGAGGCCACAGCUGCCCUGUACAGCCAGGACCUGUCCCGGCUGGAGCUGCUUCCCGGGGGCCUCCUGGAGAGCCACGGGGACCCUGGGCCGCUCUUCAGCACCAUUGUCCUCGACCAGUUUGUGCGGCUGCGGGAUGGUGACCGCUACUGGUUUGAGAACACUGGGAAUGGGCUGUUCUCUAUGGAAGAAAUUUCAGAAAUCAGAAACACCACUCUGUGGGAUGUGCUGGUGGCUGUCACCAACGUGGACCCCAGUGCCUUGCAGCCCAAUGUCUUUUUCUGGCAUGAAGGCGCACCCUGCCCUCAGCCCCAGCAGCUCACAGCCAAAGGCUUGCCUCCCUGUGUGCUCCUGACUGAGUCUGACUACUUUGAGGGCAGUGGUCCUGGUUUUGGCAUCACCAUCGUAGCUCUCUGCUGCCUUCCUUUAGUCAGUCUGCUUGUCUCUGGGGUGGUGGCCUAUUUCCGGGGCCGAGAGCGCAAGAAGUUACAAAAGGAAGUCAAGGAGAGUGUGAAGAAAGAACCAGCCAAAGAUGUAGUGCAGGCGAUGGAGUGGCUGGGCCCCAAACAGAGGAGUUACCCCAUCGCCAUCCAGCUGCUCCCAGACAGGCGUCUGCAGGUCCUGGACAGGCGUCUCUCGGUGCUCCGCACUGUCCAGCUGCAGCCGCCACAGCAGGUCAGCCUCAUCCUGUCCAACAACCAUGGAAGCCUUGCCCUGCUGCUCAAGAUCCCCAAGGAGUAUGACCUGGUGCUGCUGUUUAAGUUUCAAGAGGAACGGGACGCCUUCGUGCAGCAGCUGCAGGGCUUCUGUGAGUGCUGGGCUCUGGGUCUCAGUGUGGCUAAGGUGGAUGCGAAGGAGCUGUUCAGGAAGGCCGUGACGAAGCAGCAGCGGGGCCGCAUCCUGGAGGUCUUCUUCAGACACCUUUUUUCUCAGGUGCUGGACAUCGACCAGGUGGACGCAGGAACCCUGCCCCUGGACUCAUCACAGAAGGUGCGGGAGGCCCUGAUGUGUGAGCUGAGCAGAGCCGAGUUUGCUGAGUCUCUAGGCCUCAAGCCCCAGGACAUGUUUGUGGAGUCCAUGUUCUCUCUGGCUGACAAAGAUGGCAAUGGCUACCUGUCCUUCCGGGAGUUCCUGGACAUCCUGGUGGUCUUCAUGAAAGGCUCCCCAGAGGAUAAGUCCCACCUGAUGUUCACCAUGUAUGAUCUUGAUGCAAAUGGCUUCCUCUCUAAGGACGAGUUCUUCACUAUGAUGCGGUCCUUCAUCGAGAUCUCCAACAACUGCCUGUCCAAGGCCCAGCUGGCCGAGGUGGUUGAGUCCAUGUUCCGGGAGUCAGGCUUCCAGGAUAAGGAGGAGCUGACGUGGGAGGACUUCCACUUCAUGCUGCGGGACCAUGACAGCGAGCUCCGCCGCACUCAGCUCUGUGUCAAAGGUAUUGGAGACAUCUUUAAACCAAACAUCAGUGGUCGAGUUUCAUUCAUCACUCGGACUCCUGGGGAAAGCACCUCUCCCCAGAGAGUGGGGCUCCCUGCCUCAGAAGCCCCAGAGAUGGGAGGUCCUGGGCUGAAGAAGAGAUUUGGCAAAAAGGCAGUGGUGGCCCCUCCCCGGCUGUACACAGAGGCGCUACAAGAGAAGAUGCAGCGAGGCCUCCUGGCCCAGAAGCUGCAGCAGUACAAGCGCUUCAUGGAGAACUACGUGCGGCAUGUCAUGUGCAUCUCAAUCUUCUCAGCCAUCUGUGUCGGCCUGUUUGCAGAGCGUGCCUAUUACUAUACCUUUGUCUCGCCACCCUCCGGCAUUUCAGAGACCACCCAGGUGGGCAUCAUCCUUUCUCGGGGCACAGCUGCCAGCAUCUCCUUCAUGUUCUCCUACAUCCUGCUCACCAUGUGCCGCAACCUCAUCACCUUCCUGCGAGAGACCUUCCUCCACCGCUACGUGCCCUUCGAUGCCGCGGUGGACUUCCAUCGCUGGAUCGCCAUGGCUGCUGUGGUUCUGGCUAUUUUGCAUAGUGCUGGCCACGUGGUCAAUGUCUACAUCUUCUCAGUCAGCCCCCUCAGCCUGCUGGCCUGCAUCUUCCCCACCGUCUUUGUGAAUGAUGGGUCCAAGCUUCCCCAAAAGUUCUACUGGUGGUUCUUCCAGACGGUCCCAGGUAUGACAGGGGUGCUCCUGCUCCUGGUCCUGGCCAUCAUGUACGUCUUCGCCUCCCACCACUUCCGGCGCCGCAGCUUCAGGGGUUUCUGGCUGACCCACCACCUCUACAUCCUGCUCUAUGUGCUGCUCAUCAUCCACGGCAGCUUUGCCCUGAUCCAGCUGCCCCGUUUCCACAUCUUCUUCCUGGUGCCGGCACUGAUCUAUGUGGGGGACAAGCUGGUGAGCCUGAGCCGGAAGAAGGUGGAGAUCAGUGUGGUGAAGGCGGAGCUGCUGCCAUCAGGAGUGACCCACCUACGGUUCCAGCGGCCCCAAGGCUUUGAGUACAAGUCAGGACAGUGGGUGCGGAUCGCCUGCCUGGCUCUGGGAACCACUGAGUACCACCCCUUCACACUGACUUCUGCACCCCAUGAGGACACACUCAGCCUGCACAUCCGGGCAGCAGGGCCCUGGACCACUCGCCUCAGAGAGACCUACUCACCCCCGAUGGGUGAUGGCUGUGUCAGAUACCCGAAGCUGUACCUUGAUGGACCAUUUGGAGAGGGCCACCAGGAGUGGCAUAAGUUUGAGGUGUCAGUGCUGGUGGGAGGGGGCAUUGGGGUCACCCCUUUUGCCUCCAUCCUCAAAGACCUGGUCUUCAAGUCAUCCUUGGGCAGCCAAAUGCUCUGUAAAAAGAUCUACUUCAUCUGGGUGACACGGACCCAGCGGCAGUUCGAGUGGCUGGCUGAUAUCAUCCGGGAGGUGGAGGAGAAUGACCACCAGGACCUCGUGACUGUGCACAUCUACAUCACUCAGCUGGCUGAGAAGUUCGACCUCAGGACCACCAUGCUGUACAUCUGUGAGCGGCACUUCCAGAAGGUGCUGAACCGGAGUCUGUUCACGGGCCUGCGCUCUACCACCCACUUUGGCCGGCCCCCCUUUGAGCCCUUCUUCAACUCCCUGCGGGAGGUCCACCCACAGGUGAGAAAGAUCGGGGUGUUUAGCUGUGGCCCUCCAGGCAUGACUGAGAAUGUGGAGAAGGCCUGUCAGCUCAUCAACAGGCAGGACCAGGCCCACUUCGUGCACCACUAUGAGAACUUCUGAGCCCACCUUCCCUGGUUUCUGCUUCCCCCCUGUAUACUAGCCCUGCAGCAGCUUCUCUGCCAGAACCCACUUCAACCCUCAGCUGGGAAGCUGGGAAGAACUUCUCGCUCAUUAUCCCAUCUGUCCUCUGCUCUGAGAAGGUUCAGAAGAGCCCUCCAGCUCAAGCCACACUGGGUUGUGGCAGGCAGAGUGGGGGAGGGACAGCCUUUGCCUUGAGUCAACUGUGGAGAUACAGUACUGUUUGAUAGGUCCCCACAGCUUCUUCCACAGAAUUGAUGUUUUGCUUUGCUAUUUUCUUGGCCUAGGCCUUUGAGGGAGCAUAGGGUGGGGAUACCUGAUGUGAAAAGAGGGCUGAGUGACUAUCUCCUCUGAGCCCAGCUCAAUUCAGUCUCCUAGGCCUUUUCCCUCCAUCUCCAGCCCACACCCCUUCCUGCCCCUAGAGGGUCAGGAACCCUGAGGACGAGUAACCAAAGAACAAAGAUGCCUCCCCAACCCUGAUGUUCUGAGUCUCAGACAGCAAUGCUGCUGCACGGACCUCUUGGCUGCCCCUGGAGCUUCCCCUGGGCUCUGGGACCGAGGGAGUGUGGCCUGUCUGCCAGACUCUAAAGCCCCCUCUCAGGGCCUCACUUCCACAGGAGCUGGGGGGCCAGCUGUCCUGGUUGGCCCAGGAUGCUCUACAUUUCAGCACAGGAAGUCUCUUGUCCUAGGAAGCCCUCCAGUCCUAGGCACAUCAGAACAGUAGGUCACCUUCUGCAGGAGCCAGCCUGGGACAUCCCCUCCACACUUUGUUUUUAAAGAUACUUCUUUUUCCUUCUUCAACUGGCUCUUUUCUAAAACGCUGAGCUUUAAAUUUUUUAAAAUUUAGGUAUAAUUCACAUAUGGCAAAGUAAAUAAAUCUUAAAGUUAUCAUGUGCAUGUGUUGUUACUACCCAAGACAAGAUAUAGAAUGUUUCCCUCACUGCAGAAACUUCCUUUGUACCCCUUCCUGUCAGUCUUCCGAAGGGCCGGAAGCAACCAUUCUGAUGUGAUUCUUAUCGCUCCAGAUAAGCUUUGGUCAUACUGAAUGUACUCUUGCUUUUUUCCCUCAAUACGAUGUCUUUGUGAUCCAUCCAAGUUGUUGUGUGGGUCGGCAGUUAAUUCGUUUUUAUUGCUGAGUCAUAUUUCAUUGUACAAAUGUACCAGUUUGUUUAUCCAUCUUCUGUGGAUGGACAUUUGGGUUGUUUCUAGUUUUCAAAAAUUUGAAUAAAGCUGCUAUGAACAUUUUUUUA